GCAGCCGGUGAUGUUUGUGUCGCCCCCUGCUGUCCCGGAAUCAGGAUCCCAUUCAGAUUUCAGUGGAGUCGGUGCUGAUGUGACAGCAAGCUGCCGCUGUUUGAUUUCUUGCUCGGGAGGACCAUGUGGAAUAUUUUCCUGCAGACAACCUGACUCUCCAGACACAAGGAUGUCUUGGCCUGCCCUGUACAAUCAGUUAGUCGGGGCCAACCGUCACUCCACCAGCUUGGGUAAAAUCUGGCUGUCUGUGCUGUUUAUUUUCCGGGUCAUGGUUCUGGUGGUCGCUGCUGAGAGCGUCUGGGGAGACGAGCAGUCCGACUUCACCUGUAACACGCUACAGCCUGGCUGUGAAAACGUCUGCUAUGAUCAGUUCUUUCCUGUGUCCCACAUCCGUCUCUGGUGCCUUCAGCUCGUCUUUGUCUCCACACCGACACUCAUGGUUGCAAUGUAUGUGGCCUAUCGGAACCAUAGAGAUAAGAAGAGGCUCCUACAGGGUUCUGGUCGAGCUGGAUUCCUCAGCAACAAAGGCCAGGACGGAGAGUUGGAGACCCUGAAGAAACGUAGACUCCCAAUAGCUGGUGCCCUCUGGUGGACGUACGCCUGCAGCCUGGUGUUCAGGCUGCUUUUUGAAGGAGGAUUCAUGUAUGCACUGUAUGUGGUCUACGAUGGCUUCCAGAUGCCACGGCUGGUGCAGUGUGACCAGUGGCCGUGUCCAAACCUGGUGGACUGUUUCAUCUCACGGCCCACGGAGAAAACCAUCUUCACUGUUUUCAUGGCCACUGCCUCUUCUAUCUGCAUGGUCCUUAACAUGGCUGAACUUGCAUAUCUUGUUGCCAAGGCCAUCACUAGGGGUCUCUGCGGUCAGAAGGAAAGAAAAGCCUCCAGCAGAAAUCCAGCAGAGAGAGGAUUCAGAAUAAGAACAACCAGAAGUUAACUGUCUCAACCCGAGGAAGCGGCAACACGGUGGAUAAUACACGAAGAAGAAAGACUGUUCAAAGACUGGAAACACUUUAAAAGCUGCAUUAAAAACAAGCGGUACAAACCGUGAACAACCCGAAGCGUGUAAAUACAACUGAACAUUUUCUAUGAUACCUGAGGUGCUAAAACAUUUAAAACAGUUAAACAUUGACUGGGUGGAGAGGAUGGAAUCAGUGUCAACAACUCAAAACUGCACAUUUACAUGUUGUUUGAUCGAUUGUAUGUCAAUACUGAGUUCUUGAUUAUAACUUUUAUAUAUUCUAAUGUAAUGUGAGGACACACACACAUACAGAAACAGUGAUUUGAUUUUCAUGGAUUCAUCGAACAUAAAUGCACUCACCAUUUCUCACUUUAUGCCCACAA